CCCCCACCUACCACAGAAACCCCAAACAAAACCUCCCAAACCUUGUCAUCUCCGCCACUCCGCACCCGCCGGCUCAACCAUGAACUCCUCCUCCACUCUCGCUUCCUCCUCCUUCUCUACAUCCUCAUCUCUCUUCCAAUACAAACUCAUUCCCAGUAAACCAACCCAACCUUCCCUUCUCCGUUUUGACCCUCCCCAUUCCCAUAAUUCCCACAAUGUCCCUGCCCUCAAAGUCACAGCCUCCUCCGCCGCCCACCACCACCGACCCCUCCUCCCAGGUAACACCCACAACAACCCAAGCCCGAUUCUUCAAACUCUUAAACAUUACGCCAAAACCGCCAUUCUCAUCGGAGUCACCGCCGCCGUGUUCACCACCAAAUCAUCGACUUUGCUCGCCAUAGCCGAACCUCCGCCGACAUUGACCGAAGAAGCGCCGACCCAGGUCACAUAUAACGAGAACAACCAAUCCUCAUCGCCAUUGUCCGACUUCCUGGGUUCGAAUUCGGAAGCCAUCGGUGCCCUGAAAUCGCUUCUGCAGCAGAAGCUCGAAAACGGCGAGGACGACGAGGCGCUCAAGAUCCUGCAGCGCUUGGUCGAGGCGCAGCCGUCCAAUACCGAGUGGAAGUUCAUGAUGGAACGAGAGAACGAGAGAGAGCCUGAGGUUCGGGUUAUGCGAGAGAGCUCUGAGGUGAAGAGCGUGCGAGAGAGUUCUGGAGAAGGGAAAGGCGAGAGCGUCGGUGAAGGGAAAGCCGAGGGCAGUUUUGGGUUAUGGCCCUGA